CUCCCCAUGGCUUCCCUCAACCAACGGCUCAUCUUCCCCGAAACAAUCCACGCCGUCGAACUCAUCCUCGCCGUCUCCAUCUUCAUCACCAUCCAUUCCCUCCGUCAACGCCGCCGUCAGGGCCUCCCCUCCUUCCCCCUUCUCGGCAUGCUCCCCUCCCUCCUCCUCGCUCUCCGCCGCAACGUCUACGAAUGGAUCACCACCAUCGUCAUCGAGCGCGGCGGCACCUUCGUCUUCCGCGGUCCCCCCUUCACCAACCUCCAAUGCGUCGUCACGGCCGAUCCCCGAAACCUCGAGCAUCUCCUCAAGGAGAAGUUCAGCAGCUUUCCCAAAGGUCCCUACUUUCGGGCCGUCGUGGGAGAUCUGUUGGGCGACGGAAUUUUUGCGGCGGGCGACGAGGCGUGGCGGGGGGGGGGGAAGCGGAAGACGGCGAGUCUGGAGUUUCAUUCGGCUGAGUUCCGCGCUCUGACGGCAAGGUCGCUUGUGGAGCUCGUACAUGACCGGCUGGUUCCGGGGGCUAAAAUACAAUUCAAUAAUAAUAAUAUCUCGUUUAAAAAAAUAAUUUAUCAUCAUCUUCAUCUCCAGGACAUAUUGCUUCGCCUAACCUUCGACAACGUUUGCAUGAUCGCCUUCGGUAUCGAUCCUGGUUGCCUUCGACCAGGUCUCCCCGAAAUCCCCUUUGCCGCCGCCUUUGAGGACGCCACCGAAGCCACCUUACUACGCUUCGUCACCCCCACCACCAUAUGGAAGGCGAUGAAGUUCCUUGACAUCGGAAACGAGCGUAAGCUCCGGCGGUCCAUAGAGAUAGUCGACGAGUUCGCCUACAAGGUGAUAAAAGACAGGAAGGAGGAGCUCAAAGCUCCGACGGCGACGAUCAACUCCGACUUGCUGACCGUGUUCACGAAGGCAAAGGAUGAGGAAGGAGGGGUGAAGUACACUGAUGAGUUCUUGAGGGAUGUUUGCGUGAACUUUAUAUUGGCGGGGAGGGAUACUUCUUCGGUAGCGCUGGCUUGGUUCUUUUGGUUGUUGGAGAGGUAUCGGGAUGUGGAGGAGAAGAUAUUGGAGGAGUUAAGGGGGAUAUUGAAGGAGAGAGAGGGGGAGGAAUGUGGCGGCGGCGGCCUCGGCGGUGAGGUGAUUUUUCAGCCGGAGGAUGUGAAGAAGAUGGAGUAUUUGCAUGCCGCAAUUUCGGAAGCUCUUAGGCUGUAUCCCUCAGUGCCCGUUGACCACAAGGAGGUUAUAGAAGAUGAGGUGUUCCCUGACGGAACAGUGCUGAAGAAAGGAACGAAGCUGAUCUACGCCAUCUACAGCAUGGGAAGAAUGGAGAGUAUAUGGGGCAAGGACUGCAGAGAAUACAAACCAGAGCGGUGGCUCAAAGACGGCCGCUACGUGAGCGAGUCGGCCUACAAGUUCUCGGCCUUCAACGGUGGCCCUCGCCUCUGCCUCGGCAAAGACUUCGCCUACUACCAGAUGAAGUUCGUCGCCGCCAACGUGUUACGUCGAUACCACAUCAGCGUCGUCGAAGGGCAUCCGGUGGCGCCGAAGAUGGCGCUGACGAUGUACAUGAAGUAUGGGUUGAAGGUGACACUGAGAAGGAGAGAAGGGUGGUGAGGGGUUGGAUGUGCAAAAGGGGUGAAGAAGUAGGAGGUGUGAUGGAUACAAUUACAAAUGUUUGGUGUUUGAUGGGAGAAAGUUUAAGGUGUGAAUUCUGAUUUUUUUUUGGGGGGGGGUUUUAUGAUUUUUAUUUCUUAUAAAUUUAUGUUUUAGUUACCGGCUGAGAUUUCGAUUAUUAUAUUGGCUGGGUAUGUAUGUAAGAUAUUGUGUUGUGGAAUAUAAUUAUAUAUGUUGUUA